AUGGAUCCCUACAACAGAAUCAGCACUGGGACACUAUUGGGACCUAUUGCCACCACCGGUCCCCGAGACUCUGGGGUGGUGUCUGAGUAUGCGGAGUCUGUCUUCAAUCCCCAUGAUUUCCCAGGUGGAUCACGCAGGGCAUCGAGGACUUCGGGGACGUCGACCAGGGGAUCAAAAGAACGGAGGCAAUCGAUGAGUUCCAUGACGUCCGAAGAGGAGUCCCAGCACGUCCGAAACCUCAAAAGCUCACAGAUGGAAAAGAAAGACCGAGAAGGUUAUUCUCGCAGAUCCACCACUUCUAUGGUCUCCAAGGAAACUUUAUUGACCUACAUCCGGAAGAUCGUGUCAUCAUGGGCCUUUGAAGCUUUUUAUGCCUUUGCGAUCUUGUCCACCUCGAUUUGCAUUGGGAUUGAAGUUCAUUAUGCAGCGCACAGCCGCGGCAAACCACUGCCGGCUGCUUUCUUUGUGAUUGACCAAAGCUAUGCAUUUCUAUUCUUCCUCGAACUCGUGCUCCGAAUGCUAGCUGAGGGGAGGCCGUUCUUUUGGUCUUCACCAAACGUGGCAUGGAAUUACUUGGACAUACUGAUUAAUAUUACUUCGGUGCUGAAUCUGGUGUCAUUCUUGGGUGAGGACACUAGUAGGGGCACCUUCGAUGCGUCUGGGAAUGUUCGAGUCAUUCGAAUCCUGCGGCUUACUCGAGUUAUACGUGUGGUUCGUAUUGUGAAGAUAGUUCGAUUUAUUCGAGCUUUGCGAUCCCUGGUGUAUUCGAUCUUUGGGACCAUGAAAGUCUUGCUGUGGUCUGUGCUGCUGCUCUUCAUGAUUAUGUAUGUAUUUGCCAUUGUGUUCACGGACGUCUCCAACGAAUAUGCGAACGGUUUUGAAAAUGUAAGCAAAGAAAGUUUGGCUUUCCUGCAGAAUUAUUUCUUCGAUUUGGAGCGCUCCGUCUUCACACUUUUCAGCAGUAUUUGCAAUGGACUCAAUUGGGGCGAAAUUGCUGACAAACUGAAUGCCUUGAGUCGCGUUUGGGGCUACCUGUACACGAUCUUUGUCGCAUUUUGCCUGUUUGCGGUGUUGAACGUGAUGACUGGCAUGUUUUGCCAAUCUGCAAUUGAAAGCGCCGAACGUGAUCAAGAUCUCCACAUCCAAAAUGCCAUGAACAACAAGCAGCAGCAGGUUGAGAUGUUUAUGUCAAUCUUCCAUAUGCUCCAGGAAGAUCGGGGUCGCAGGGCGUCAGGCAAUAUUACCUUCAUGGAGUUUGAGCAGCUCUUUGACCGGGAACAGAUACGAACUUUCUUCCAGGCCUUGGAUGUGGAGGCCAAAGAUGCUUGGACCCUCUUCAAGUUGAUGGACGUCUCAGGCAACGGUGACUUGGAUGCUUCAGAGUUUGUGGAUGGUUGCAUGCGAUUGAAGGGACCAGCCCGGUCCAUUGAUGUCUCGUUGCUCUUGCAAGAGCAGCGACGCAUACGCAAGAAGAUUGUGAGCAUCGAGCAGAUACUCGCUGACCUUCGGAGGGACCCAGAGAGGUUGCGCUCAAAGAGAGAGUGGGGCCACAGCGCCAUCGCGCCCUCCGAAGCACGAGUUGGAGAAUACCUGGCGAAUGCCUCAGACGGCGAUGACGAUGUGAUGAAACGUUCACAGAAGGACAAAGCCUGGAAUGAGAACCAACGAGAAGUUCAUUCGUUUGCCACGGUCGAGGAUGCCGGGUCUCGGGUUUUGAUGGACUUCUGGUGUAUGUGGCAUCAUGCCUAUACGCCCUCGAGAUUUGAGAGUGUCGACUACUCCCUCUUCAAAAAAGGCGUUGCACCAGCUUGGGAGGAUCCUGCUCUGAAGAAUGGUGGCAGAUGGGUCAUCAAAUUGGAGAAAGUCAAGGCCCAAAGCCUUGAUAACUUAUGGCUUUCUCUGAACUUGGCCCUCAUUGGAGAGGCUUUCCACGACCAUGGUGGUGAGGUUGUUAGUGGAGCUAUUGUCUCAGUGAGGAAUCGUGCCAGCAAAAUCGCUUUGUGGCUUUCCACUUCAAAGGACGAGAAGCAGAUCAUGGCGAUCGGCCGCGAAUAUCGCAGUGUCCUGGCUGCCACGCCUGGCCUUGAAGAUUUGGCCAUGAAGGAGUUUACCUUCGAGGACUUCCGAAAGCAGUCCAUGACCUUUCGCCUCAAAGAGACCGAGGCGGUCGCUCAAUCUGCUCCUGCCGCGUGUCUUGAAAGACGGCCGCCCUACGGACCGAAGGUGUUCCCCACCAUGGCAGAAGAGGUGACUGAGGCAAAGGAGCCGGAGGAUAGUGCACCCGUGGCGAAGCAUGAGCUUCAGCAUCGCUGGUGUUUGUGGGUGCACCAACGCCCAGGAUCGCAAAAGGACAAGGCCUGGGGAGAAAGCCAACGAGAAGUGCAUUCCUUCGACACGGCAGAGGACUUCUGGUGUAUGUUUCACUUUUCUUAUCCACCUUCGAAGUUGGAAAAUGUGGACUAUUCGCUGUUCAAGCAGGGUGUUGCGCCCGCUUGGGAGGAUGCCGCUUUUAAGAAUGGUGGCAGAUGGGUAAUCAAAUUGGAGAAGGUCAAGGCGCAGAGCCUUGAUGAUUUGUGGCUUUCGCUCAGCUUGGCAUUGAUUGGAGAGGCCUUCCACGAGCAGGGCGGUGAGUUAGUGUGUGGAGCCAUUGUCUCUGUAAGGAGCCGAGCAAGCAAGAUCGCUCUCUGGCUUUCGGCAGCAAAGGAUGAAAAGAAGAUCAUGGCAAUUGGCCGUGAGUAUCGGAAUGUCCUGGCCAGCACCCCUGGCCUGCAGGAGUUAGCCACUAAGGAGCUGACCUUUGAGGAUUUCCGAAAGCAGUCGGUCACCUACAUCCUCCCGAAGACGGGUGAGCAGACUCAAUCAGUGCACCCACCCGGGGGAAUUUUUGCUGCGAGGACCUAGCAGAUCAAGGACCUGUAUGAGUGUGACAGUCCGGACCAUUUUUUCUGCAUCCACAGCAUGUUUGGAAAGCAACUGCGCAUGACCCUAAAGGCCCUAAAGUCCCAGAAACACAAACACGACAUGUAGAGCGAUCCGUGAUCCAAAGUGAAAGUACUGGGUUGAGGGCUCUACUCCGUUUGUCCUGCCAGGCCGGCGUCUUUCAAUGAAAAGACAAACUCUCUGCGACAAAAAAAGA